AUGUCCCUUCUUGAGCCGCAGUGUGCCUGGAUCAGUGGGCCGCAUAAGGGAGGGAAACACGAUCUUACGAUCUUUCGAGAAGGAGGUCUGAAGCAAAAGUUGAAGCGGUGGAAACAGGCAAUUGUGGAUAGGGUAGCUGGGCCUGGUUCUUGUUGGUGGGGAACCGAAGCCACAAGGAGAGGAGAAACUAUGAGAUCCAUAGCUUGUGGUUCCAAAGAUUGGACUUGCAAUUUGAUGUAG